AUGCUUGCAUCCCCAUACCCAGGCACUAUCAACGACUUCCGCUUCCCAUCCUUGCCGCCCUCAUCCGUGCUGUACGACUCUCGCAAUAAGCAGACCCACAACUUGGAGUCCUCACUGCAACGUCGAGAACGCAUCGAGUUCUUGAAGAAAAGAGAGUGGACACGUCGUGUUGCGGAGUUGGUGAAAUACUCCCAUAUUCAACAGUUGAACGACCCUACUCUUGGCCGUGCCUGGCCUCUCUCCCCUAAGCCCGUGCAGGACACUGGCUACGCCCACAGCGCAUCCUACGCCUCUCCGGUUUCAUUUCCGGUGGAAGAAGAGGAACCAUACAUUAUUUAUAGCUCUUCUCCCUCGCCCUUGCCCUCUCCACUUUUUCCAGGUGAUCCUAAAUCUACCGGGGCUGCGUCACCCGUCAGCCCCUCAAUGGGAAACGUAUUUCCAAGACACGCAUCUGCCCACCAUCGCAGACGCAGCAGUGCAAGCACCCGUGCCCCUCGCCGUAGCCCCUCUUUAUCCAGUAUUUUCGAGGUUCCUGAGGAAGAUUAA